AUGACCUACCGAGGCACGCUGCCUACGGGGCAGCCGGGUUUUCCAGGCCAGCAGCAGCAACAAGACCGUCACCCCAUCUAUGGCAUGGACGGCUAUCAACACCAGGCGCAGUUUCAGCAGCCGCAAUCCCAGCCGCCCCUUCAGCAGAACCACCAAGGGCUGUAUGUCAAUGGUGUAGGAGGCCAGUUUUACGGCCAGCCGCAACAGAACCAAUUCGCGCACCAGCAGAGUCAACAAGCUGCGCGUCAACAGGAGAUGCUGCAGAUGCAGAUGGCCCGGCAGCACCAGCAACACCAACAUCAGCAACACCAACAGCACCAGCACCAGCACCACCAGCCAGAAGCGCGUUUCGUGGGUGGUGGUGGUGGAGGUGCCAGCGGCGGUGGUUAUCAUGAUUAUCAAGCCAUGAUGGCGCAGCCUCAACGUAUGAUGCAAAUGCAUCAGCAACAUGCGUGGCCGCAGCCGCAGCCGCAGCCGGCGUCGCAACAUCAGCAGUAUGCUGGUCAUCUGUUACAAGCGAAGCAGCACGCCCAACACAUGAUGCAAUCGCAACAGUCGCAGGCUUCAGAUCAGAUGUUGCAGAGAAUAUACCAACAGCAACAGCAACAGCAACAGCAGCAGCAGCAGCAACAGCAACAGCAACAGCAACAGCAACAGCAACAGAUGCAGCAGCAACAGGCAGCCCAACAACAUCUUCGAUCGCCGCAAAUACACCAACAGCGCGUAUCUCCGCAGCCGAGAGCAUCGCCGCUGUUGCCGUCGCAGAUGCAGAGGAAGUACUCACUGCAGGGACAAACGGGGCAUCAGGCGAUGCAAUCUCCCAUACAGCAGCACUUGCAGCACCAGUUCCAGUCGCCGCCGCCGCCGCGGAUGAAAUCUCGUACACCCGUGCAGAAUCAAAUGCAUCUUCAACGACCCCCAACACAGUCGCAAACACCACCACAACCGCAGCAUCAAACACCCCAGCUCACGCUUACGCCGCCUCCUCCGCCUCCUCCUCCGCCUCCCCCACAGCCUGCUGCGGAACCUCUUCUAGAACCGGUACAACAAGUACAAGAGCCGCUGCCCGUGUCCGUACCCGUACCCGUACCUGUAUCCGAGCCCGAGCCCGAGCCCGAGCCUGAACGCGAGCCUGAACCUGAACCUCAACCUGAACCUGAACCUGAACUUGAGCUACAGCCUACUUCGACGCUUGAUCUGCCAGUGGAGGAGCGUCCCUUGCCCCCUGCAAUUCAAGAGCCUAUCAAUUUUGUUAAUCCAUUGGAUAUUUUCAACGCGCCACCGCCCCCUCCGUUACCACCUCUGCCCAUGGGCGACCCCAAAAGCUGGGGUAAGAAGGAGCCCGAUCCAGAGCCUGUGGUAGACUCUGUCGCUUCCAAGCCGUCCGAACCAGCUGUCAGGGUGAAAUCGUCGCCAGCGCAAGAGUCAAUCACCGUAAACACCAGUGCGGUGAAACGGGAUAUCAAGCCCGAAAUUAAGCAAGAGCCGAAAUAUGAACCCGUUCGUAUCAAGUCCAGUCCGCAUUCGUCGGUCACAAAUUCUCCCGCCCUUUCUACGAAAUCUCCGAGCAUCACCAAGCGAUCGCCAGCGCCAAAACCUCGCGUCAACACAAUUCCUAUCAUGGUAGCGAUAGCUGAGGAGUGCCUCGAAAAAGCCCGCAGCUCCGUGCACGACGUGGCCAUGUCCCCCGAUCCCGAGAGGGUAGACGAAUAUCAAAAGUUGAUUGCCACUAGCCUGUCAUGCCUGGAAGCAGUCAUGCAGAACAACAAGCUCGCGCCAAGGGAAGAGGCUCGACUGAGGAUGAGAUAUGCUGCUGUUUUGCAGGAAGAGACGGAUAAUUUGAUGGAAGCGGAGACGGCGCUUGGCAAGGGCAUCAGCCUUUGCGACAAGCAUCGCCUAAUCGACCUGAAGUACUGUAUGCAGUAUCUCAUGCUGAAGGUUCUGUUUCAACGCAAUCACAAGGCGGCCCUGAAAGCCGUCGACGGUCACAUAUCCGACUGCGAAGCGUUCAAACACGUACAAUGGUACUACGUCUUUCGUCUGCUCAAGUCCACAUUUUACAUGGCCAUGGGCAGCGCCUCAGAUGCCGCUGCCCUGGAAAACAUCCGAGCCGUCCAAAACGUCGCCAACUCGAGAGGUGACAACGCCAUGACGGUUUUCGCAUCAAUAUUGGAAGGGCUGGCGCUCCUCAAGACGUCCAAGGAUAGCAAUGUCGAGCGUGUGCAGUCGUGUAUUGCCCAAGCAGCCAAGUUCCAAUUUGAUCCCUCUGUCAAGAUUAUGCACCUGGAAAUCUUGACUCUGGUGCUGGACUUUGCGUCAAGUCUGUACCAUCAAAGUCCCGACACGACAGCCCAGAAACUUCGGUUGCUGCAGCAAAGAUUAGACGAGUGCGAGGAGUGGAACAACGUCCGGGCGGAUUUCCUCAUUCCCGUCAAGAAACAGCCCUCAAAUACCCGUACCGUUAGCGAGGAGACAUCGGCGAUCAUCCGGCUGGCGGGCGCGGGCGAGGGCGAGGGCGACGGGGAGUCUGACUUUAUCGUCAUGUCGUUCAUGACCAAGGUGGAGCUACGGUCACUCGUAUUUACUUUCAGCGGGCUGGCAAACAUGCAUAAGCCUUCGUCGCAAGGACGACGCUCCACCGAGUUUUGGCUGGAGGGCGCCAAGAUCCUCGACACAUGUGAGCAGCAGCACGGAGUCCGCUCCAUUCGGUGCCUGCCUGCGCCGCCAGCUAACGACGCGACAGGGGACAGCUCAACGGCCGGUAUUCCGUACGGACCUUCUGUGUCGUUGUCGACGGCCGUCCGACAGAGGUCAUGGCGGGCAGAGGCCCAGGCCUAUCUCAACACACUGCUGGGACUCCUGGCAGCAAGCCACUGUCAAUGGGGCAAGGUGAAGCAAUUCAUGGAAAGACUCGAGACUCUAAUCACACCGUCUACACAGCCCACGAUAAGGCUACUGUCCCUGUACCUGACCGGCGUACAUCGCCAAGGGACGGGCAACCUCGAGGCCGCCCUGACCAUCUUCCUCGACGGACGCUUCGACAUACCCCAGACAUGGUCGAGCGGCGUGAGGGCCGGCCAGCGAGAAAUCGCGCUCCUAGCCGGCCUGAACCGGCUGUGGAUCAUGCAGCAUCCCGGCUGCAGAAACGACUACCUGACGCACGAGCUGAUUGAGCAAAUGCAGCCGUUCUGCUCGAACCACUGGAACAUAGACUUGCGCACUGCAUGGCACAACGUCGUGGCCGCGCUGGAGACAGAUCCCCCGCAGCAGCUGAACCAGCAGAAGCAGCACAUUCAGGCGGCCGUGUCCGGCUCCAAGGUGACCAACAACAUCCUGGGAGCGGCAGUCACGCUGUGCAUCAUGCGCAGCCGGUUCUUCGAAAACGUCAUCGGGGAACAGGCACUCAAGAGCGCGCGCGCAGCGUCCAAACAAGCCCAAAGGAGCGGCAACAUGCUGUGGCAGAGCGUCGCGGACGGCAUGCUGGCCCAGUCGUACGAAGUCCAGGGCCACAGGGACGAAUCCGCCCAAGAGUGGGAGAAGGCUACGAGGGAGGCCAAGGAUGCAUUUGCAGGGAGUUUGGGCACGGGUACGGGUACGGGCAUGGGCAAGGGGGAUCGCUAG